AUGAUGACAUCAGAGGAGCUCUUAAACACUCUGGAGGAUUUAAACGAUGAUGAGUUUGAUGACUUUAAAUGGCGCCUGCAACAGCCAGAAAUCCUUAUCGGACGCCCAACCAUCAAGACGAGCCGACUGCAAACAGCAAAAAGACGGGACACUGUGGACCUGAUGGUGCAGACCUACACUCUUUCUGGAGCUGUAGAUGUGACCAGGAGGGUUUUAGAGAGGAUCAACAGGAAUGACCUACUGCUGAGUUUGUCUGCAAGCAGUUCAGAGCAACAAGCUGCCAAACCAGGAGAGGUUCCCUGUGAUGUCUGUGCUGGAACCAAACUGAAGGCCCUAAAGUCCUGCCUGGUGUGUCUGGCCUCCUACUGUGAGACUCACCUGGAGCCUCAUCUGACAGCUUCACGUCUGAAAAGACAUCAGCUGAUGGAACCUGUGGAGAACCUGGAAGGCAGGAUGUGUACGAAGCACGAUAAACCUCUGGAGCUGUUCUGUAGGACCGACCAGACAUGUGUCUGCCCACUCUGCUCUGUUUUAGACCAUAAGACUCAUGAGUUUGUUCCUCUGAGGGAAGAAUAUGAAGAAAAGAAGCCACAGCUGAGGGAGACAGAGGCUGGAAUUCAGCAGAUGAUCCAGAAGAGACGACUAAAGAUUGAGGAGGUCAAAGAAUCAGUGAAGAUGAGCAAAGAUGCUGCAGACAGAGAGAAAGCAGAAAGUGUUCAGGUCUUCACUGCUCUGAUGGAGUCUGCUGAGAGAGGCCUGAAGGAGCUCAUAAAGGAGAUCGAAGACAAACAGGAAACAACAGAGAAACAGGCUGAAGGUUUCAUCAGAGAUCUGGAACAGGAAAUCUCUGAGCUGAUGAAGAGAAGCUCUGAGGUGUUCCAGCUCUCACACUCCGAAGACCACCUCCACCUCCUCCAAAGCUUUACAUCCCUGAAUGCUGCUCCACCCACCAAGGACUGGACAGAGGUCAGCAUCUGUCCACCAUUAUAUGAGGGGACUGUGGUGAGAGCUGUGGCUCAGCUUGAAGAGAGACUCAGGAAAUACUUGAAGAAGAAGCUAUUUGAGGCUGAGCUGAAGAGGGUCCAGCAGUAUGCGGUGGAUGUGACUCUUGAUCCUGACACAGCAAAUCCUCAUCUCAUCCUGUCUGAUGAUGGAAAGCAAGUACAUGAUAGUGGUGUUAAGAAGAAUCUUCCAGAUAACCCAGAGAGAUUUUCUCAGUGUCCCAGUGUUUUAGGAACUCAGAGUUUCUCUUCAGGCAGAAUUUACUUUGAGGUUCAGGUUACAGGAAAGACUGACUGGGAUAUAGGAGUGGCCACAGAGUCAAUCAACAGGAAGGGAGAAAUCAGACUGAAGCCUCAAGAAGGUUUCUGGACUGUAGUGUUGAGAAAUGGAAAUGAGUACAGAGCUCUUGCUGGCCCUCCAGUCAGUCUCUGUCUUCAGUCUGCUCCUGAGAAGGUGGGGGUGUUUGUAGAUUAUGAGGAGGGUCUGGUCUCCUUUUAUGAUGUAGAUGCUGCAGCUCUCAUCUACUCCUUUACUGGCUGCUUCUUCACUCAGAAACUCCACCCAUACUUCAGUCCCUGUAUUGAUGAUGGUGAUAAAAACUCUGCACCUCUGAUCAUCUGUCCCGUCAAUCAAACUGGGUCAAUCAAUAAAUGA